UUCAUUUUUACUAUCAUUAAUUUUGUUCCUUCUUACAAUGACGAAGAAAAUAUUAAAGAGAAAGCAAAAGGAAGAUGAGAUAAAAGAGGAUGAGUCAAAGAAGAUAACGUCAGAUGAACCUACUGCUAAAAAGGUGAAAUGGAUUAACAGGCAACGAGUAUUAGUAUUCGCUACUCGAGGUAUCAAUCAUAGGCACCGACAUCUUAUGGAAGACUUAAGAAAAUUAAUGCCACAUCAUCGUCCUGAAUGUAAGAUGGAACGCUCUAAGAACUUGCAAGUAGUGAACGAAAUGUGUGAGAUAAAGAAUUGUAAUAAGGCCAUCCUGUUUGAAGGUCGAAUGAAACGAGACCUUUACAUGUGGCUCGCUAAUGUGCCUACUGGCCCAAGCGCAAAAUUUCUUGUAGAAAACAUUUAUACAAUGGGAGAACUGAAGAUGACGGGAAAUUGUUUAAGAGGGUCUCGGCCGUUACUGUCAUUCGAUGAAAAUUUUACUACACACGCCCAUUAUGGUCUCUUGAAGGAAUUACUGACGCAGAUCUUUAGUGUACCGAAUCAUCAUCCUAAGAGUCAACCAUUCUUUGAUCAUGUUUAUACAUUCAGUAUUCUGGAUAAUAGGAUAUGGUUCCGCAACUUUCAAAUUUUAACAGAGGACGGUGCGUUGGCCGAAAUUGGUCCAAGAUUCGUCUUGAAUCCUGUCAAAAUAUUUAGCGGAAGCUUCGGAAAUGAUACUUUGUGGGAUAAUCCACAUUACAUUUCACCUGCCAAGUUUCGGCAAACAUUAAAGAAAAAAGCUUCUAAUAAAUAUAUGAACAGAAUGGAACAAAAAAUGACACAACAGAUAAAUAAACCUGAAUUAUCUUAUAUGCUGAAUCCUACAGAUGAGAUAUUCAAAGGUGAUAUAUUAGAAAAAGCUACGGAGAUGGAAGAAAAAUUUAAGACAGAUAAUAGUAAAAAUUCGAAAAAACCUUUAAAAAACAAGGUGAAAAAAAUUAAAAAAAAACCUGUGAGAACUAAAAAUGUUAAAGUAAAAUCCGUAAAAUCAAAAGUUUUGAAAAAAAGGAAGAUAAAAUAG